CAGCGCCGCGGUUGCUGGUGGGCGCCGGUGCCCUCGGCGCGGGGCUUGGGCUCACCAUGCCCCUGCGGAGCCGGGCCGCCGGGCAUAAGCGGAUCCCCGGCUUGCCCCCGCCUCGACGCUCUCGGAUUAGCUGCAGCCGGCGCCCAAGGAUUUGAAUUUGGACCCCAGGAGGGAGCGCACCUAGGCCGACCUCGGAGUGGCGGCCCCGCGGCCAACAUGCUUCGCAAAGGGUGCUGUGUGGAACUGCUGCUGCUGCUGCUGGCGGGGGAGCUGCCCCUGGGCGGCGGCUGCCCGAGGGACUGCGUGUGCUACCCUGCCCCCAUGACCGUCAGCUGCCAGGCACACAACUUCGCUGCCAUCCCCGAGGGCAUCCCAGAGGACAGCGAGCGCAUCUUCCUGCAGAACAACCGCAUCACCCUCCUCCAACAGGGCCACUUCAGCCCCGCCAUGGUCACCCUGUGGAUCUACUCCAACAACAUCACCUUCAUCGACCCCAACACCUUCCAGGGCUUCGUGCACCUGGAGGAGCUGGACCUCGGCGACAACCGGCAGCUGCGGUCACUGGCCCCUGAGACCUUCCAGGGCCUGGUGAAGCUCCAUGCCCUCUACCUCUACAAGUGUGGGCUCAGUGCCCUGCCAGCGGGCAUCUUUGGUGGCCUGCACAGCCUGCAGUACCUCUACCUGCAGGACAACCACAUUGAGUACCUCCAGGACGACAUCUUUGUGGACCUGGUCAACCUCAGCCACCUGUUCCUCCAUGGCAACAAGCUGUGGAGCCUGGGCCAAGACACCUUCCGGGGUCUAGUGAACCUGGACCGGCUCCUACUGCACGAGAACCAGCUGCAGUGGGUCCAUCACAGGGCUUUCCACGACCUCCGCAGGCUGACCACUCUCUUCCUCUUCAACAACAGUCUCUCUGAGCUGCAGGGUGACUGCCUGGCACCCCUGGGGGCCCUGGAGUUCCUCCGCCUCAAUGGAAAUGCCUGGGACUGUGGCUGCCGGGCCCGCUCCCUGUGGGAAUGGCUGCAAAAGUUUCGUGGCUCUAGCUCUGCUGUCCCCUGUGUGUCCCCUGAGCCGCUGCAUGGUCACGAUCUGAAGCUGCUGAGGGCCGAGGACUUCCGGAACUGCACAGGGCCAGUGUCCCCGCACCAGAUCAAGUCACACACUCUCACCACCACCGACAGGGCCGCCCGCAAGGAACACCACCCACCCCACGGCCCCGCCAGGGACAAGAGCCACCCGCACGGCCAUCUGCCCGGCUCCCGGUCGGGCUACAAGAAGCCGGGCAAGAACUGCACCAGCCACAGGAAUCGCAACCAGGUCUCCAAGGCGGGCACUGGGAAGCAGGCCCACGAGCUGCAGGACUAUGCCCCCGACUACCAGCACAAGUUCAGCUUUGACAUCAUGCCCACAGCACGGCCCAAGAGGAAGGGCAAAUGUGCCCGCAGGACCCCCAUCCGUGCCCCUAGCGGGGUGCAGCAGGCCUCCUCUGGCAGUUCCCUGGGGGCCUCCCUCCUGGCCUGGAUACUGGGGCUGGUGGUUACUCUCCGCUGAGGGCGCAGGGCGCCAGCACCCAGCACUGCCACAUGUCCACCAAGGAACAGGAUUUUUUUUCUUUUUUUUUACAAGUGGAGGAUCUGCUGGGUUUCAGGCAAAGGCUGGUAGAGGCUUCGGCUGCUGUCUGGGCCCUGCCCGAUGGAUGAUAAACCCAAAGUGUACAGCCCCAAGCAAGAUGGGAUUAGCGCAUCUCACCCAGCUGUCCCAGCCAGCCCUCCACCGAGCACCCACGGACAGCAUCCACCCAGCAAGGUGGUUAGAGCCACAAAGUGAAUCCUUCAUUAGCAACAAUGGGACAGUGCCCCAUGGGAGCUGGGCUCUCUGGGCUCCUGAUCAUUUGGAGAGGUCUGAAGGGCCCCCGCUAUUCCCAGAGGAAGCAGGACUCAGAGAAGAAUAGAGAAGGCUCACCCAAGAGGCUGGGUCGACCAGCUGUCUGGGAGCACAUGCACAGGUGGCAUUUUGGCUCUUGCCUGAAGCCAUUUAGUCAACCUGCCCUGAAUCCAACCAUGUGCCACCUUCAGUCCCUCCCUUGAGGGUAAUGCCUCUCAUUCCUGAUGUCUCAGGCAACCCUGGCAGAUCCAGGCCUGACUGCUUGUCUCCAAGAACCAAUUACCAAAGGAAAGAUCAUCAGAGGCUGAAAUUUAGAACUUCAUUGUGUGCAAUGAAGUUCUCACAGGAGGUGCAGUUUUAUAACUAUGUCCACUUAUAUAUAUAUACACACUGUCUACAUAUAUAUAUAUAUAUAUACACAAAUGCACAGGUCCCCCGCCCUACUCCCCUACCAAACUGUAUGUCUUACAAUGUUUAUAAAUUAUACGGAAAACUUUAUCUGCUGAACUAAGGAUUGUAUUGGUGAUUUCUAGCAAGAAAGGAGUUCUAGGAUUCCAUCUAGAAUCCCAUGAAACUUGGGCUUGCCAGGGCCUGGGGCAAAGGGGCAGUGGGGAGGGUCAAGGAGAAGGGGAGACAGCAAGAACCACUUCAGGGGACCAAUAUUCUUAGACAUUUAGAACAUCACCAUGUUUUUAUAUGCAACACAAGCCCGUCUGCCACCUCAGAGCACCCAAUCACCCCCAGUAUGGUAGCUGUUGGCAUCAGAGUGAGAAGCAAGAAGCAGCUUGUUGGGCAUCAGGGAGCCAGGCCCUGGGGACUGGUUGGACAGAGGAGGGAAAGAAAGAGGCUUUGGGUUUCUCAGGCCGGCGGGCGAGGUAGCAUCCACAGUGUUAGUCCAACAGGCUGGGCAGUGUUGUCAGCUUAGCAUUUUGCCAGUGACAGUCUCGAUAGGCCAGGGAUACUCUGGGCAUGAUCCCAGGCCUCUAGCAUGGCUCAGCUGCUGAAUUUUUCCUUGAGGCUCUUUGAUGGGCGUCCCAGCAAGGGUCCUGUGUAGGGUGGCAGGAGGGAGAGCAUCAGGUGGCCUUAGCAGAAGGGGAACAAAGAGGGCAUUUCAAGAACCAUCUCAGGCACUUCUGCAUUAUGGAGGCCCCAUUCCUCCUGGACCCUCUGAAGAUGCCCGGGGACGAGCAGAGGUCAGGGGGUGGCCAGACUCAGGGGUCAAGAGUGGGGACUUGCAGGGAAUGGAGCAGGCAACCCCAGACAGGGGAAAGGGGCUCGGCUGUGCUACUGGCUGGGGUCUGGGCAGGCACAAUCUUUUUUGGCUUUGCACAAACCCGAAUUCCCCACCAGAGAGGAUGUAUGUGAGGAGCAGAAACAUUGAAUCCAAUUAAGAGAAAAAUAAUAAUAAAAAAAAAUUCUCUUGGACAAGAACCCUGUUUCUCAUUUCCU